GGGAGGGCUCCGGGCUGCCUCCCAGGCUCUGCGGGCAAGUGCGGAGUGGAUCCCAUUCCGCCGCCCAUCCCGGCCGCGGUGGGGACCUCGGGAGAACGUGGAGCGAAGGCGCGGCGACGGCAACUCGCUCACGGGAACAACAAAUCAUUUCAGCUUCAAAGCAUCUAAUACUGCCAUCCUGGAACUGGGCUGGAAAGCGAUAGGGAGGGGCCUGGACCAUUUUUUCAUUCACUUCUCAAAUUUAAAAGGCUUUGAAGAGAAUAUAAAAUGGCAGAGGUUUAAAGUUAGUAUUCAGGAUGAAUGAUGAUAAACCAGAUAUGAGAGAAGAUGAAUUGCAUUAUAUUUCUGUCAGUGAUAAAAACGGGAAUACAUCUGAAUACAACACAAAGUCACCAUCUACACAGCAUCCUUCAGCUAGUCACGGGGAUUGGCACGCUGCUAACACAGAUGACAUGGUGGUGGAUUAUGAAAUGGAUCCUGCUGUGGAUAGCAGUGAAAGUGUGUCUUUAAGCCAUCGCUGUGUUGGAGCACUCGGUUACCCAGAACCCUCAAGUGAUUUCGUUAGUAAGCCUGGGUUUGCAAUGCCCAGUGAUCCUACCCAUCAGUCUUCUGCUUACAGUCCAGCGAAGCCCCCAAACCUGCAUAGCAACUUGGAUUCCCUCAAGUCACUCCAGGAUGAGAGGUUUGAGCCCCCCCUGUCCUGUAUGUGCAAGUCUGAUGAUGAUUUCGACUGUGCAGACUCCCCUGCAGCUUUGGAGCUAAGACAGACAUUUGACACGAAAGGGGACACAGCUAACCGUACCUUUAUAGCCCACCAUUCUAUUGAAGAGGGUCAGCCUUCACAUGGUCUGCCGCCAGUGAGUGUGAAAGGUGGAAAUGCAUUGUUGUCCUGCUCCACUUGGACAUCACCCCAUUCCUCGAAGCUGCACGUGACAGGAAUCCACUACAAUAGAGAGGGCUUGGAAAGCCUUCAAGCCCCACCAUCAGAGGCUCUAAACACAACCUACACAGUGUGUGCUGAUGUGCCGAUGCAGACGGACAGUGCAGACAUUGGAAUUCAGUGUCAGUAUUCCUUAGGAAAUGUCACCAAAGAGUACGCAGAUGGGACAGAGCAAGGACGCACUGCAGAAAAAGAGAUACAAGCUGCGACACCAGUUUCUGAUGGGAUGGAGGUUCCCAAUGGGUCUGUGUUACAGGAGUUCUGUUGUGUAUCGGAAGAUGGACCAAACAGUGAGACACAUUCACACGGCUCAUGUGGUCAACAGGAAAUGGGCCAAAAUCUAAGAGAAACGCUGUCCAACUGUCAUGUUGAUAAUGAAUACCCUUUACCGGUGCCAGCUUUUGAUAAAAGUAAAACCAGAGUCCUGGACACUGAGUGUAAAGUCACUAUGACCAAAGACCCACACAUCGCCUCCUCUCAUGACGACGAUGACGACUCGGAAAUCCAAGAGAGUACUGAAGAGCUGACCCUAAGAAGUGUCCCAGGGCAGCGGCGUUCAUUGUAUGAAAUGGCUUGGGAUGCAAAUGGUAGAACCAUUAGCACAAAUAAUACAGCUUGCACGUCAACACCAGUUCAGCAAACCCCCAAUGUAAGCCUUACGCUUUCACCUGUUGAAGCAACAGAGAAGUGCAAUCAUGUGGAGAGUGGUCCAAGAGAUGCUAAAAAUGCACCAAACUUGAAAGGCGCACCAGUGAAUAUGCCAAAGCCUAAUCUGGGAAAAUCUGCUACCAAAACAAAUACUACUAUAGGCAGUAAAGUUAGGAAAACAGAAAUUAUAAGUUAUCCAAGACCAAACUUCAAGAACAUUAAAGCCAAAGUUAUAUCCAGAUCAGUGUUGCAACCCAAAGAUGCCUCCCCAACGAAGGGCACACCCAAACCUCAGAUUACUGGGGUCUCCUCAACCCCACCAGUGCCUUCUAAACAGUUGACAGUUGUGAACAGACCACCAAGGUCUGACUUUACUGCAGACAAAAAAGCAGAAAUCCUAAUUAACAAGACAGACAAGCAACAGUUUAAUAAACUCAUUACCAGUCAGGCCGUGCGUGUUACAACUCAUUCUAAAAACGCUUCGCUCAGGGUUCCAAGAACAACAUCUGCCACGAAAUCGAACCGGGAAGAUGUUGACAAGCCGCGUUCUUCUCCUGCAGCCAGCGAGACUGGGUCUGUCGCUGCGUUCUUCCAGAAGAUCAAAGGCAUUCUCCCAGUUAAAAUGAAAAGUGCAGAGUGCUUGGAAGUAACCUAUGUUUCCCACAUCGAUCAGAUUAGCCCUGAAAAGGGUGAAAAGGACAGCAGGGAUCUAAUGGAAAAGCAAGAGCUGGGGAAGGCAGCCAUGAAUGAGACUUUUGAAUGCAAGUCUCUGUUUGUGGGUUCUGCACCCAAAGCUGCCACCACCCCGGGAAGGAGCAUUUCCAAGCCGGACUCCUGCAGCCUGAGGAAAACACCAGGUCUCAAAGCCAAAGUGGGGCCUGCUGUUUCCUGCCUGAGGAGGAGGAACGAUAGCAGAGCCCUGGGCUCCGACAGGGCCUUAUCGCCUCAGAGGAUCAGGCGUGUGUCCAGCUCUGCUGGUAAUGCUGCUGUCAUCAAGUAUGAAGAGAAACCUCCCAAACAAGUAUUUCAGAAUGGAUCAGGAUCCUUAUAUCUGAAGCCUUUGGUACCCAGAGCUCAUGCACACUUGCUCAAAACUCCUCCAAAAGGUCCUUCAAGAAAGAGUCUAUUCACAGCUUUUAAUUCAGUUGAGAAAGGCCGGCAGAAGAAUCCCAGAAGCCUGUGCAUCCAGACCCAGACAGCUCCAGAUGUGCUGUCCUCCGAAAGAGCGCUUGAGUUGGCUGAAUACAAGACAAAAUGUGAAAACCAAAGUGGAUUCAUCCUGCACCUCAAGCAGCUUCUUUCCUGCGGCAAUACCAAGUUUGAAGCGUUAACCGUUGUGAUCCAACACCUCCUGUCCGAGCGGGAGGAAGCGUUGAAGCAACACAAAACCCUCUCUCAAGAACUUGUCAACCUCCGGGGAGAGCUAGUUGCUGCUUCAAGCACCUGUGAGAAGCUAGAAAAGGCUAGGAAUGACUUACAAACAGCAUAUGAAGGAUUUGUCCAGAAACUAAACCAGCAACACCAGACAGACCGGACAGAACUGGAGAACCGGCUGAAGGAAUUCUACACGGCGGAGUGUGAGAAGCUUCAGAACAUCUACAUCGAGGAGGCAGAAAAGUAUAAAACCCAACUGCAAGAGCAGUUUGACAACUUAAGCGCCGCCCAUGAAACCACUAAGCUGGAGAUCGAAGCGAGCCACUCAGAGAAAGUAGAAUUGCUGAAGAAAACCUAUGAGACCUCCAUUUCAGAGAUCAAGAAAAGCCAUGAAAUGGAAAAGAAGUCGCUUGAGAAUCUACUUAAUGAGAAACAGCAGUCACUAGAGAAACAAAUCAAUGAUCUGAAGAGUGAAAACGAUGCUUUGAAUGAAAAGUUGAAAUCGGAGGAGCAAAAGCGAAUAUCAAGAGAGAAGGCAAAUUCAAAAAACCCUCAGGUCAUGUAUCUGGAACAAGAACUGGAAAGCCUGAAAGCCGUGUUAGAGAUCAAGAAUGAGAAGCUGCAUCAGCAGGACGUGAAGCUGAUGAAGAUGGAGAAGCUGGUGGACAACAACACGGCAUUGGUUGACAAACUGAAGCGAUUCCAGCAAGAAAACGAGGAAUUAAAAGCUCGAAUGGACAAACACAUGGCAAUCUCGAGGCAACUUUCCACGGAGCAGGCCGCCCUGCAGGAGUCCCUGGAGAAGGAGUCAAAGGUCAACAAGAGACUCUCCAUGGAGAAUGAGGAGCUGCUGUGGAAGCUGCACAAUGGGGACCUGUGCAGCCCCAAGCGAUCUCCCACGUCCUCGGCCAUCCCUUUCCAGUCCCCCAGGAAUUCCGGGUCCUUCUCCAGCCCCAGCAUCUCACCCAGAUGACGCUUCCUGAACUCGGGAGAGUCUCUGAAGGCACCGAGCGAGGUGUGUGGUUCUGCAGGACGGACCCUCUCGUGGGAAGAAGAGCUGAAUUCGCUUUCUGGAAUUUCCACAGGAGAACUGGAAAGCAGCCACCACCCUAUCGGCUACUUACGAGUCGGAAGCUCCGGAGGAUGACUUUUUAACUUGGUCCAAAAGCCUCCUCCAAAAAUAGAUUUUUUUUUUGGAAUUGAUGUGGACGUAGUUGCACAAAGCACUUAAGGACGAGGGAACCUUGUUCUUUUGCCUUCCUUCACCUAAGCAUAAGGGGAAACUCUCAGGGGCCUAUUAAGAAAAAAGAUUUAUAACCUUUAUAAUAUUCUUCACCAGAGACACCUUCUUGUGAUUUUUUUUUUUCCAGUCUGACUGUGGGCGGAGGUAUGUGUGAUCGAAAUGGGUGUGCUGGUGUGUCACGUGACUGUCACAGUCCUCUCUGCUGUGUAUUAAAAGUCAACGGCUGACUAUGGCUGGUCCUGUAUUAAUCAAGUUGUGGUCGGUGUACACGUGUCAACAAAAGCCAUAGGAGAGAGAGAAAGCAGUGGUUGCUUGUGUGACUAGCAACUCCUCAGCACUGUGACACAGCGGGGCUUGGGUAUGACAGGAAAAGCCUUUUAGUUUGUUGAUGUCUGUACAUUUCUGUUAGCUUUUCAGCGUUCAGUUUUGUCAGUUGAAACCAGUUUGAUUUUUUUUUCCCCUGUAGAUUUUUUAUGAGCCUAACUCCUAUGCUCCGAUCCAUUUUCUCAGGCUAUGAGCUAAUUUUUCUAAACACACAUCUGUAUAAAGAAGAAGAGGGCAGUACCCAUGGUGGUUGCUGCCUUAUUUUCACCUUGAAUCUAAGCUAUCUUCAGAGGUCAACCUUCGUCUUCUCUCCCCAUUGUCUGUACCCACCAUUCCUUGCUCCACCUAGGGCCACAGAGGCAAGCCUUCUACCUCUUAGUUCCCCAAUACAGAGUGCUGUUCCGGAGCCAGCUUAUCUUUGAGGUGCUGAUCCAAGAAGCUACCAUCCGGAUCGGAGAGUACAAAUUUUGGAAAUCCUUAGGGAAGUCAGUAAAGAUGGCCUUCAGCGUGUACUGAUGGCCAGAAGCACCUUGUGAAACCAACACUUCCUGUUGAAUAGAUCAAGAGUCCGAGUGGUUGAUGCUGACCUGAGGGCCCCUUUGGGCAGUCCUCCCGUCACUGGAAUGUAACAGAAAGGUCGACCAAAGAGUGAGAAAUGUGGCUUUAUGCAACUCCUUCACAGUGCAUUUGAAUUUCUUCCCAAAAUUUCAUUUACCCCCUCCCCAGACUAAGACGUGGUGAAAGGUAGAAGGAUCGCUGUGGCUGCUCACCUCCACUCCCCAGCUUUUGUCAGCGUUGUGAUGUCAGUCAGUAUUUACUAACCCGUGUUCAGUGGCGGAUCUAAUAACCCUAGAGUUAGGACAGAUUCAGAAUACUAGAGGUGGAUAUUAGAGUCGUCAUGGGCCUGUACACUGCAUAGCUCAUGGAUAUUCAUGCUGCAUGCUUUCUAUUAAUGGUUGUGUUCAAUGAAGUCUCUAAUCGCCAAUAGUUUAUGAUGUAUGUAACCUUCCAUGUUUGCUUCUGAUAAAUAGAAUGUAGCUUCACUGCCACCUCCUGGAAUAUCUCUGCACCCAGUCCCAAGUUGUGCCCAAUGACAUUAGCCAAAGUUGGGUUUAUCAUUUAUGCUGUAGUUACAGUCAAAGUUCAUGCGAUUCCCUGUCCUCCUCCAUACCAUUUAGGUUUCUGGAAAGUCAAUCUUACAGCAGUUAAAAUACCUUUCAGAGGUUAGAAGACACGAGAGAAGAUAGGAAACAAAAGAGAGCUUUUACAUUUUGUUUUUAAACAAUGUUUUUCGUAGGACAUAAAACUUGACACAUCGUAAAAAAAUGUGGAUGUGUGAAAAUCUGUAGUUUAUAGUGAUGGAAAGUGUAUUUUACUUUGAUCAAAUAAAUAAUGCUGAAAUAUUCAAUAUGA